AUGGACGUGCUGCAGAUAAAUCCUCAAAAUGUAUUUGAUACAGAACUAUACGAAAGGGUGCUGGACCCUAAGGAAUGUCAAAAGCAAUUGAGUUAUUUGUCGAACAGCUCUUUGGUGUUGCAAUUUCUAGACGCAAGCGCUAAAAUACCAAGUGGCCUGUUAUCCCUAAAUCUAGCUGAUUACGGGGAUUACUAUGAGUGCCUCGCCAUAGACCAUUCGGUGCAUGAUAUGCACAUACAGGGAAAGUUCUGUGUGAUCAACAUACCAUUCACACAGAAAUCGAGCAAAUUAAACAUGUAUUGGAAAAGCCAGAUGCCGAAAUUCACAACCAACGAUAUUCUAGAUCUGCUGCCGGAGCAGUUGGUGAUUUAUUUCAGAUCUCUGUUUCAGAAUGUAGAAAAUUCGCCUGUGGUGAAGGAUAUUGCAGAAGACAUCAGUCGAAUCUACACCAGUUUCUCAAUUUACACAAAUACGAGACGUUUGGUCAAUUUCCAAACACAUAAAUAUGCUUUAGAGUGUGUUGAUGGUAUUCGAACGUUAUCGAUGCUAUGGGUUUUAUGUGGACACACGUACAUAUUUACGUUUAUGUCGCCUCCGCACAAUAUGUCAUAUGUUAUACAGUGGACGUCAUAUUUUACCAGUACAUGGAUAUCAGCGUGCCCCAUCGUUGUGGAUACAUUUUUCGCUCUCAGCGGAAUAUUAUGCAUAUACGUCAUACCAGACAAUAUAACCACAAAACAAUUUGUGAAGUUCAUCCCCGUAUUCUACCUCUAUCGGAUCCUGCGGAUGCUCCCUCUCUUGGCCACAAUAGUUCUCUUCCAGUCAUCGAUUAUGAUCUGGAUCUCUGACGGCCCCGACUGGGACAAAAUGGCCAUGGCUACGGAAUUCUGUAGACAGCGCUGGUGGACCACCUUGUUGCACAUACAGAACUAUUAUCGACCAUUAGCUCUCUGCGUCUUCCAAUCUUGGUAUAUAGCAGUGGAUACUCAACUAUAUUUGCUGAGUCCUUUUAUAAUAGUGUUCCUUCUGGGGUCUUCGUUGGUCGCCUGGAUUACCUUAACCACUGUUGGCUAUUGUGAAUCUUUCGCGAACUUCUUCCAAGAUUUUUAUUUGAACACUGCGACUCGUGCCUCUCCUUUUGUUAUGGGUAUAUUAUUUGGUUAUGUUUUGAAGCAACGUCGCGGAAAGAGAAUUGAAAUACCCAUGGUAAGUAAAUACGCUAUAGCUCUUUGGAUAACAGCGUUUGCUAGCAUGGCAUACUGUGUCUUUGCUAUCUAUGAAACGGUCCAAAUACCUUAUGAGUUCAGUUGGUUUGAUGCGAUUUUGAACUCUGUUAUGAGAGGAUUAUGGGGUACUUCAAUAUGUUGGAUGGUACUAGCAUGUGUUCAUGGUUAUGGUGGACCGAUCAACUGGUUCCUAUCGUUACCGCUGUGGAAGCUACCAGCCCGACUGUCGUAUGCGGUGUACUUGUCGCAUUUGCAAAUAUUACAAAUAAUGAAAAGUUCUACUGUGAAGCUACAGUAUUUCACUGAACUGGAAAUGGUGUAUGAAAUAGCCGUGCGUCUACGACCCGAAAAGAAGCCACAAGAUAGCGCGGCUAAAGAUGAAGAUUUCAGCAGUGAAGAUAAAAGCAGAUAG